UAAUCUCUAAACCCAAGCGAAGAAAAUCUGAACGUCCGUAUAAAACAGUUGUUUUUCUUCCACCAGAGUUAAUUUGUGAAACGUGUCUGUCUGGAGAGGAUGAGAUUGAAAUACUUCCUAGCGGUAGCCUCCAUAUUGGUGUGGGGUGCCCAUUCUGCCCCGGAACUGCUACCGAAUCCUGGUUUUGAGAGUGGCCUCACAAACUGGCUCCAUGACGGUUUCCCGAUGACCGCCGAUACGUCACAGCAUCACGGCGGCGCAACGUCUGCCAAGUGCACGGGAAGGUCAGUUUAUUAUACAUCUAAAAGUUGUCAUGGAAAAUUUAAUGGGCAACAUGUUUAAAAAUUUUGAAAUUUGCCUUUUGGUGAGGUGCAAGCAAAUGUUUCAUUCGAUUUGUCUUCACCGCGAUGUCACGGCCAGACGGCUACUGAGAAACGUAGAGUUUUUGUUAGUCCGCUAUUAAAUAAAGCGAUUUUGUUAUUUAUUCGUAAAUCGGUCGAUGUAGAUUAAGUUCAUUUAAUGCACACAUAUAUAUAUAUAUAUAUAUAUAUAUAUAUAUAUAUAUAUAUAUAUAUAUAUAUAUAUAUAUAUAUAAUAUUUACAAAUCAAUUUCUUUAAUUGUUACGCACUGCCUUCUAUAGUGAGAAAUUAAUCUCUUAUUUUAAGUUUAUAGCUCGUUCUAAACAGUGCCUAGCAAAGGACGAUACCAUAUUAUGAGAAAUGCAAUAGCAAAAAAUACGACACUCAAAGCAGUUGCUAAUUACAAUUAAUAAGAUUUAUAUAAGUAUAAAUAUAAUUACAAAAUAAAAGAAAUAUAAUUAAAAAUCAUCAACUAAGAGAGUAUGGUAUGUUUUGUACCAGUACAAAGUUAAUAAAAUGUGCCGAAAAUAAGGUGUAAUGAUGAAUACGAAUUCACACACACAGAAUAACACACUACUGUCAUGUGAAGUAAAUAAUAUCACCUUCUCUACGCUCUCUGAAUCCCCUUUAUAUCUAUGCGUUGGUAGAACCGACGCAUCUGGAAACGACGUACACAUUGUUUACCUGUCUAGUUCACUCCCGAACUUUCCACAAAAUUCUAUUAAAACAUAUCACUUAUUUUUUAGUUGGUAGUGGUAGUAAACAAGGCAAAGAUCAAAGGGAGCAAGCCACCUCCAAUACGAACGCAGCCUCAUUUGGGGGUCAGACAGAGUUCACGGCACGGGGAAAGUGACGUAAACACGUCUUCUACAUAACAUAACUCAUAAGCUUUUUUUUUUUUUUUUUUUUUUCAUUGUUUUAUCUAGGGUUAUUACCUACUGGUAGGGGGCAAGAUUUUUUUUUUUUUUUUUUUUUUUGCAAUGUUAUAGCUAGGGUUAAUACCUACUGGUAGGGGGCAAGAUUCUUUUUUUUACCCUCCCCCCGCCCACGAAAAAUCUCCUCUAUUUACCAAAGGUACCGCGCCUCACUAUAUAGAGACAAAAGUGCCGUCCAUGGUCGAAAAUGCCCCCACCCCCUUUUUUUUGUUAAAGCUAGUGCUUGUGCUACACACGAUUAAGAAUGUUCAUUCCAACAAUAUCACUAGGAUGGAAAUUUGGGAUUUUUCAACAAAGUUUCAACAAAACUCAUGGCCUACUGGAGAGGGGCUUAAGGUGUUUUGACUUUUUCUACAUGCGUUUUACGUUAUAAUAGGUCAUACGUCUUGAUCUCUUAUCGUACUGUAAUGUGAUUUAUUUUUGAAAAUAAAAAUACGUUAUUUCGGGAAAUCUGUUUUUGAUUAAUAUCAAAGGAAAAGGUAUAUAGCCCUAAAGAAUGUUCGACCAUUGACAGGAUCCCGAGUACAAGAAAACCAGCAGAAAAUAAAUAUUUAAAAAUUGGGAAGAAGUAAUUCGGCCAACAAAAUAAUCCGGAUAGUAUUGAUGUUAACCCUUUGAAACCGAUUCCAUGAGUUCAUGUUGAAAGACUUUAAUAGUAGAUUUUGGUGGAUGAGAAAUUUUGCAAAUGCCUACUUCAAAUAUUGAAAAUAUGGCUCUUUAUCUUGGUAAUAAAUAUUUCUUUUUUAAAUACUUAGGAAGAAUUGCUCUGAGUAAUAAUCUACUCUAUAUUAGAGUGAAGCUCAUUUUUUUUUUAAAGUGUUUAUUUAUGAAAACAUAAACAAAGAACGUAUUAAAAACAUCUAAUAAUAUAUAUUUAAAAAAAAUAAAUUUAAAUUUCCUAUAAUAUUAUGCAUUUCCAUGUUGGAAAAAGGUCUUUACAUUUUUUUUUCAAGUUAAUUUCCCGUCUCAGAAUAAUAACAUUUUACUAUAGGAAAGGGAAUUUUCUUUCAGACUUCUGAAACACCUGGUUAAGCGAUAUUCAACGAGGUAUCAAUAUAUGUGUGGAUGCUGUUAUUUUAUCUUUAAACAGAACUCAAGCCUGGCAAGGUCCGGCACAGGUAGUUCACGUUAAAUCAGGGAGCCGUUACGCCUUCCAUAUUUACAUUCGAUUGGUCGGUGACCUCCCAGGCACCGUGUACCAGUCAGCUGGAGUCACCAUCAACUUGAAACGAAAGGACAAUGGUCAGUCAAACUACCAAUUAUUUUUUUGUUUAAUUUGUUUUAGUCUUCUUUUUUUGUUUUUUUCGGGGGAGGGGGGGGGGUGUUGGGGUGAAAUGAAUUGAGGUCAAUAAUAGAUUGCUUGUUGCAGUCAGUGUGUUCAAUUUUAAAGCCGUGUGCUCGUAAUGGUAUGUGAAGCGAUGUGUUGGGGUGAAACGAAUUGAGGUCAAUAAUAGAUUGCUUGUUGCAGUCAGUGUGUUCAAUUUUAAAGCCGUGUGCUCGUAAUGGUAUGUGAAGCGAUGUUUUGGGGUGAAACGAAUUGAGGUCAAUAAUAGAUUGCUUGUUGCAGUCAGUGUGUUCAAUUUUAAAGCCGUGUGCUCGUAAUGGUAUGUGAAGCGAUGUUUUGGGGUGAAAUGAAUUGAGGUCAAUAAUAGAUUGCUUGUUGCAGUCAGUGUGUUCAAUUUUAAAGCCGUGUGCUCGUAAGGGUAUGUGAAGCGAUGUUUUGGGGUGAAAUGAAUUGAGGUCAAUAAUAGAUUGCUUGUUGCAGUCAGUGUGUUAAAUUUUAAAGCCGUGUUCUCGUUAUGGUAUGUGAAGCGAUGUUUAUUGUCAUGUUUGGGGUAAGGCGAUCUGAAGAUGUAUUUUGUGGAGACAUUAUCAGCAGCGAGGGAAACAAAAAGCCCCUUUUAUCGAUGAUGGUUUUAAUUAGUUUGUUUGUUUCGGAGUUGUUGUUGUUUUUUUUUAAAGUUUAUUUUCACAUAAAAUGAGAAAUGUUAUAUGUAUUGAAAAAGAUCGUAGUUUUAGUUUACUAAUUUCAAAGAUAAAAAAAAAAGGAAGAAAAAAAAAAAAGUUAUGUGCUGAUAAAAAAGUAGUUCUCAUCGGAAAAUGCCAUUCUAAUUUCCCCAAAACAGUAGCGGACGAAUACGUAUGUAUUAAAAAAGAUCGUAGUUUUAGUUUAUUAAUUUCAAAGAUAAAAAAAAAAGGAAGAAAAAAAAAAGUUAUGUGCUGAUAAAAAAGUAGUUCUCAUCGGAAAAUGCCAUUCUAAUUUCCCCAAAACAGGAGCGGACGAAUACGUCACUAUCACGCAUCAACAGUUCUUGACCGCUGCCGAUGGAUGGGUGCAGCUAGGAGCAGAUUUUUUUGUUCCGAACCGAGGUAAUCGUGUGAGUUUUGUGGUCUAAAGGAAUUAUUCAUUCCCUAUCUUGUGGUCAUCCUCCCUUCCCACCGCUCUUAUUAAGGCGCGUGGAUUAGUGGUAGAAAAAUGUUCUCCAACUACAAAUUUUGUACCACGCAAAGUCAUCUCCUAUGUAGCAAACAAUCUGGCUUCGUUUAAAUUAUUGUUAGUAGAUUUUUUUUAAAGGUUUUAUUAUUAUUAUUUAUUUUUUUGUGAUGAGAAAAAUUCUAAUCUCGUUUGACCACUCUCUUUUUUUUUUUUUUUGGUUGAAAAAUUAAAAAAAACAAUAACCUAUUUCCAAAGAAAAUUACAUUUUUCUAAUAUAACAAAAUCAGUAUUCCAUGUUCAUCUGUCCAAGAAUACACCCAUUUUUUUGAUGAGAAAAAUUCUAAUCUCGUUUGACCUCUCUCUUUUUUUUUUUUUUUGGUUGAAAAAUUAAAAAAAACAAUAACCUAUUUCCAAAGAAAAUUACAUUUUUCUAAUAUAACAAAAUCAGUAUUCCAUGUUCAUCUGUCCAAGAAUACACCCAGGCUAAGAUCUUCGUCGAAGGGCUGGACCCGCACGUCGACUUUUACGCGGAUGACGCGUCGCUGACGGAAAUAGCCGAAGACACGAAUUGGAAGGCGGAUGCCAACAGCAGGAUCGAAUCCCUCAGGAAGAGCAACAUUCACUUCAAGUGAGAGAAGUCUAUGAUAUCUAAUAGUGGGGACAAUGUACGCGGGGUUAUUUUAAAAACAUUCACUUCAAGUGAGACAAGUCUAUGAGAUCUAAUGGUGGGGAGGACAAUGUACACGGGGUUAUUUUAAAAACAUUCACUUCAAGUGAGACAAGUCUAUGUGAUCUAAUGGUGGGGAGGACAAUGUACACGGGGUUAUUUUAAAAAAAACAUUCACUUCAAGUGGGACAAGUCUAUAUUUCAUCUAAUCUGAGACAUAAUGUGUACCAGGUUAAUUUCAAAAUAUGCAGGAUUCAGAAAAUUAAAUAUAAACAACAACAUUUCAAAAUAAUUUUUUUAUCAAAUAAAAAUCUAAACUCAUCAAUAUUGCCUCACUCAAUCAAUUACGAAUUUCUAAAAUAAUAAUAAUAAUAAUAAUAAUAAAACUGGAAUCUUAACAAUUUUUGUAAAAACAAAAUUAACUUGGUCGACUUUAGACUCAAUAUUUUCUUCAAACAUUGAAAGAAGAAAUUCUUUCUUUGAAAAUAAAACCAGAUUCGAUUUCACAUCCACAGUUUCAACGUAGCUUCAAACUUCAACGUCAACGACCUAAGAGUGCAGGUACGUCAUGUUACAACAUCCGGAAAAGAUCAGGGAAUAUGUAUUUAUCAAACAAAAGUCAUUGUUUUACAUAUUUGUAACACAAAUUAGUGUAAUUUAAAUCUGAACGAAACAAAAAGGGGUUGGCGUGAGUGACUGAGUGAGGCGCUUCUCAUUCAUGUGACUCAAGAAUGUCUCGGAGAAACAAAAAUGGUUUACAAUUCCUACAUGGGCUAAUUCUCUCUGUUCAUUGAGAUGCUCAUGUGCCAAAAAAAAUAUUUUUUUUUGAAUGUAAUACAUUAUUUUCUGUUAUUUUAAGUUGUUGUGAAAUCAUGCUCAGCGAUGACGUCAAGUGUGAAAUAUUUGUUGACAAGGUGUUUAAAAAAAAUAUUAUUCUGCUGCUGCUGUGUCAGAGACCUACAUUUCAUUGUAUAGUAAUUUUACAUCUUCACAUUGCUUUAGCUGUAACUUCCGACCCCCAUCCUGGCUUCUGGUCCUAGGAGCUUUCCUCUUUGAAUGUGAUGUGAACUACACUCUCCACUGUUGAAUCUUGCGGUAAAAGUUGCAACACAUGAAUUUUCUUGUUUUACACUGGUCAGAUUGACCACACCAAACACCUGUUCGCCUUCGGCACACAAGCGACCGCAGACUACAUCGUGAACCCCGACUACCGUCAGUUUCAGAACAUCCUGUACCACAUGUUUAACUGGGUCACCAUCCAGGAAUACAAGUGGACGUUCAACAGGGGAACCCGAGUGAGUCUUAGCCGAUAUGUAAACUAUAAAAAAUAUAGUAAAAUUUUAUCAUCUUAAUUUACAUUUAAAAAAAGAUAAUUCCUUUAAAAAAUUGACGCUUGAAAUGCUAUCUUGUUCUCAUUCUCCUGUUAAAAAACGUGUAUGUUAUUCAUAGGAGCAUCCAGAUUAUUCAGUCGCAGUGGCGGCAACAGAUGAACUUAGGAAACAUGGGUAGGAAAUGUUGCACUAUAUUUGAAUACAUAUUUAGGAAAUGUUGCGGUAUAUUAGAAGACAUAUUUAGGAAAAAUUGCGGUAUAAUAGAAGACAUAUUUAUGAAAUGUUGCACUAUAUUAGAAGACAUAUUUAGGAAAUGUUGCACUAUAUUUGAAGACAUAUUUAGGAAAUGUUGCAGUAUAUUAGAAGACAUAUUUAGGAAAUGUUGCAGUAUAUUAGAAGAUUAGAAGACAUAUUUAGGAAAUGUUGCAGUAUAUUAGAAGACAUUUUUAGGAAAUGUUGCAGUAUAUUAGAAGACAUAUUUAGGAAAUGUUGCACUAUAUUUGAAGACAUAUUUAGGAAAUGUUGCAGUGUAUUAGAAGACAUGUUUAGGAAAUGUUGCACUAUAUUUGAAGACAUAUUUAGGAAAUGUUGCAGUAUAUUAGAAGACAUAUUUAGGAAAUGUUGCAGUAUAUUAGAAGACAUAUUUAGGAAAUGUUGCACUAUAUUAGAAGACAUAUUUAGGAAAUGUUGCAGUAUAUUAGAAGACAUAUUUAGGAAAUGUUGCACUAUAUUUGAAGACAUAUUUAGGAAAUGUUGCGGUAUAUUAGAAGACAUGUUUAGGAAAUAUUGCACUAUAUUUGAAGACAUAUUUAGGAAAUGUUGCGGUAUAUUAGAAGACAUAUUUAGGAAAUGUUGCACUAUAUUUGAAGACAUAUUUAGGAAAUGUUGCACAAUAUUUGAAGACAUAUUUAGGAAAUGUUGCACUAUAUUUGAAGACAUAUUUAGGAAAUGUUGCAGUAUAUUAGAAGACAUAUUUAGGAAAUGUUGCGGUAUAUUAGAAGACAUAUUUAGGAAAUGUUGCAGUAUAUUAGAAGACAUAUUUAGGAAAUGUUGCAGUAUAUUAGAAGACGUGAUUAGGAAAUGUUGCACUAUAUUUGAAGACAUAUUUAGGAAAUGUUGCAGUAUAAUAGAAGACAUAUUUAGGAAAUGUUGCACUAUAUUUGAAGACAUAUUUAGGAAAUGUUGCAGUAUAUUAGAAGACAUAUUUAGGAAAUGUUGCAGUAUAUUAGAAGACAUAUUUAGGAAAUGUUGCACUAUAUUAGAAGACAUAUUUAGGAAAUGUUGCAGUAUAUUAGAAGACAUAUUUAGGAAAUGUUGCACUAUAUUUGAAGACAUAUUUAGGAAAUGUUGCGGUAUAUUAGAAGACAUAUUUAGGAAAUAUUGCACUAUAUUUGAAGACAUAUUUAGGAAAUGUUGCACUAUAUUUGAAGACAUAUUUAGGAAAUUUUGCACUAUAUUUGAAGACAUAUUUAGGAAAGGUUGCACUAUAUUUGAAGACAUAUUUAGGAAAUGUUGCACUAUUUUUGAAGACAUAUUUAGGAAAUGUUGCAGUAUAUUAGAAGACAUAUUUAGGAAAUGUUGCACUAUAUUUGAAGACAUAUUUAGGAAAUGUUGCAGUAUAUUAGAAGACAUAUUUAGGAAAUGUUGCAGUAUAUUAGAAGACAUAUUUAGGAAAUGUUGCACUAUAUUUGAAGACAUAUUUAGGAAAUUUUGCAGUAUAUUAGAAGACGUGAUUAGGAAAUCACGGAUAUAAUCACGGGGGAUUAGUAAAUAUGGGUAUAAAAUGCAGCAGUGUAUUCAGUAAAUAUUUCUUUUAAAAUUAAUAGCAAGAAAGCCCCUUUAAAUUACUUGAUUUAAUUUAGUUUUAAAUGCCACGUCAACGAAGUUUUAUCUUCUAACAUCCAUGGCCCAGAUUACAUGUACGCGGUCACUGUAUGUUCUGGGCAGUACCCGGAAACCAGCCAAGCUAUGCAACAUCACUGACUGGUCAAGCCAUGAAAGAUACAGUUGAGCUACACAUUAAACAUAUGACGGAAAUCACUAAGGGAAAGUAAGUCUGUGAUAAUUUUUUUUGUUAACGUUGUUAAAAAGAAAAAUUGGAAUUUAUAAAAGAAAUAAUUAAAAACUUGUAUAUGGAAAUUAUUGCGUACACAGUAUCGGACUUCAAACAUUUAUUCCUCAUAUCAGUUAUUGUGUUAAAAAUAAUAAUUUAAAAACAAACACAAAUAAUAAUUAAAUAAUAAUUGUAAAAAAAUUUUUUUUAAAAAAGCUAAAAUUAUAACGAUAAUAGAUUUUAUUUCUUGAAAAAGUUCCUUUACUUAAAUAGUAAUCAUGGUUACAAUGUGGUCGUUUCUCUUGUCAGACUGUAGAAUGGUGUGAAUGUUUUGCAGCAAACAAUUCCUUUAUAUUUUACUUCUACUACCUUUAAAGCAAAAAAACAAAAAAAACAAAAAACAAUAAAUUAAAAUUCUUCCUUUGCGUAGAAAUCUAAAACAAAAAUUUGACAAAUAAUUAAUAUAAUGCAAAAUCUGUCACACGUUGUCAAAUUUUUAGUUUUUUUUUAGGUUUCCAUCAUUUUUGUAUGCUUCAUUUCUUUUUAUAACAUAAAAUCUACACACACACACACACACACACAAAAUACAACUUGUCAACAACAACUUUUACUUACUCUGUCUCUCUCGCACUAACUUACUCACUCGCUCUCCCUCCCCAUCACCCCCUCCUCCCGCCAGACUGUCGCAUUGGGAUGUCGACAACGAGCUUCUCCACGGCCAUUUCUUUGAGUCCAAGACUGGCGAUAAGAACUAUACGUACCACAUGUUCCAGGCCGUGCACGCAGCUGACCCCACGCCGAGCCUUUUCCUCAACGACUACAGCGUGUUGGUCAACGGGAAUUCCACUUUGGUACUUUUACCAAAUCAUGGCAUGGCCAUGUUCUAAACCAUGGGUCUCAAACUUAAAUUAGCUGGGGGGCUGCUGGAGGUAGAGUCUGAGUGAAACUGGGCCGCAUUAAGUAAUCCACACAAAAAAGUGAAUACAAAUUCAAGUACAGCUGUUACAAUCUGCUCAAACUUUAUUCAUCACAAAUAAAACAGUAAGGGUUCUCAAGAACAAGGCUUCACUAACUUUCUUCUUCUACUUUUUGCCGGAGACCUGGCAGCGCUUCUUCUUACAAAGCUGAGCAUCAUGUGGCUUAAGGGAGGAAGCAACUGAAACCCUCGGUAUAGCUUGAAGAUGGUCAUCAGUAAGUUUCGCCCUAGUUCAUAGUGAGAAGAGCUUUUCACACAGAUACGUACUCCCAAAAAGGCACAUGAUCUGCUUGAACAACAUGAAUAUCUUAGGGAAGUUGGAGUGCAAUUCUCUCAUAAAUUGUCCAAGCUUGACUGUUUUUCUAUUCACCUCCAUGAACUUAGCCUUGAGUUCCGAAUGGUACUCAAGUUCAAUCAGCUCCAUUUGAAGCGCAAAAAAAGUGUGGGGGGGGGGGGGGGGGGCAGUCCUGCAUUGAGGAGAAAGGGUCAGCAAAAAUUUGAAAAUUGGCUCUGUGUGAUUUGAAGUCUGUAAACCUGUGAUCAAAUUCUCCGGUAGCUUUUCAAUGGCAUCAUUAUACUUACUACUAGUAUUUUACCCGAGUCCAUGAGUAUUUUGCAUGUUGGAAAAUGGCAGAGGUUUCUCCAGAAAACUUGGCAUUCCAUAGCACAAGUUUUGUGCGGAACUCCCUUAGUAAUGUCAACAAGAAAAACAAAGUCCAUAAACCAUUUGGGAUCACUUACUACAGGAACACUCACCCUAUCCUACUCCAUGAAGGCUUUUAUUUCUUCUCUCAACUCAAACAAUCUUUUCAAGACGUUUCCCCUACUAAGCUAGCGUACCUCGGUGAAGUAGAUAACAUCCUCAUAUGCCUCUAAAAGGGCACGGAACUGACGGUGCUUCAAGCCCCUGGAUCUGAUAUGGUUGAUGGAUUUCACAACGUCAGACAUCAAAUUGUCAAACUUCAGGCAUUUGCUGCAAAAGACCUGCUGAUGGAUAAUGUAUUGUAGUGCAAGGGCCUCUUCCACACCCUCCUCUUCCCGUUUUCUUUAAAUAUGUGUCACGAGUUCAUUUUACUUUCCCUGUCAUUGAUGGCGCUCCGUCGGUUGUUUUCCUGCAUAAUUUUUCCACUGUGAAACGGCAUCCACAAGGGCAUCACACAGCUGGCGCAAUUUCUCCCAAACAGUGGUCUGACCAUUCAUUGGAAUCCCUUUGAGCAACUCCUGCAUCACUUCAAAAUUAGCAUCGACACCACGGACAUAUAUUGCGAGCUGUGCAGUGUCAAUAACAUCUGAACUCUCAUCAAGAGCGACUGAGUAUACAUGGAAAUGUUUACCGUUCUCGCACAGUUGAUCAUAAAUGUCAACUGACAGCUCAGAAAAGCGCUCUGCCACUGUGUUGGCAGAAAGGCUGAUGUUGCUAAACUGACCCUAACUUUCCGGACAAACUAAACUUGAAGCUUGUAACAUGCAAUUAUUGAUGAAUUCGCCUUCUUUGAAUGACUUUCCUGCCUUAGCAAUCAUCUCACUCCCCACGUAACUAGCUUCAACUGCUGCAUCACUUUCUUUGUUUGCGAUCUUGAAAAAAUCCUGCUGCCUCAGUCGACAUGUUUUAAGUUUAGCAACCCGGGCCUCUCUCUCAUCUCCCUGGAAAUUGUUUGCGCUUAUCGCCAACGUUUCUAAUCACAGCAGGUUUUGAGGAAGACAUGACUGGUGUCUGGUGACACAAAUAUUUAUUUGCCCUGUUUGAUAAAUUAUAUUUUCCUUCCUCUCGGUAACACUCCCAAAUCAUUUUUCACGAUACUAAGCUGACAGGUUCGGAAUUUCCGUCACUCGUCACUGGUACACAUUAGCGGCAAUUUUAAUAGGUAUUGUUUGAUACUGUGUCAGAUUGCUACGAUUUACACAGUUCGAAGCGUGUUUUCUCAAAACCGCACUUAGGCCAUAUUUGUCUCAUCAUAUGCUAUCAAAUAAAACCUUUAAGUCCAAUUUUAAAAGUUUUUUACCAUUAUGAUCAACGUCAAAACCUAUAUGUAUUUAUAUAAAUAUAAUAAAAAUCAGAAUCAGACUAGUCGGUGAGAUUCGACUGAAAUCGUCGCGGAGGGUCACAUUUUUAUAGAUAUGAGAAUGUUGACAACGCCCGGGUCGCAUUAAUACUAAACUUUGCUGUCAGGUAAAUGGCCCGCGGGCCGCUAGUUUGAGACCGCUGUUCUAAACUGAUCUUUCUUGCUUACACUGUUAACACACGUGCGUCAUACGCGCAGCUUAUAGGAAUAGCUAAGAUAAGUAAACUGGUAUAAAAAAAAAGAUAGGUCAUUGAGUUUAUCAAGUAAGUCAGAAUAUAUACACUACUGUCUCGAUUAGUGCUGUGCGUUAAAAUGGUGCAUUUGGGUAAAGGUGCGUAAGGGCAAGGCGCACUGAUUUUGAAAAGACCUAAGAUGGCGAAUCUUGUGGUGAUGGUGAUUAUUGUGGUGAUGAUAUUGUAUGAGGGUGACUGUUUCAGGGGCGGGGGGUGGCAUGGAUCAUACAUCCUUUGGUACGGCUCACACACCUAUUGGCACAGAUCACACACCCAUUAGCACGGUUCUCAUACCAAAUGGCACGGGUCACACAUCUAUUGGCACGAGUCACACACCCUUUGGCACGGGUCACACGUUCAUUGGCACGGGUCACACACCAAUUAGCACGGGUCACAAACCCAUUUGCACAUCCCACACAGCUAUUGGCACGGGUCACAUACAUGUUGGCAUUGGUCACGCAACGAUGGUCACACACCUAUUGGCAUGGGUCACACACCUAUUGGCAUGGGUCACACACCUAUUGGCAUGGGUCACACACCUAUUCGCAUGGGUCACACACCUAUUGGCACGAGACUUGAGAACGGACAUUAACAUGAACAUCGUUAAAGUUUGGGCUCAAAGCCUUAAGACACCAAAUAAGUAGGUCCAUUCAACUGAUCAAAUACAUUGAUCAAAGUCAUAUACUGAAAGAGCAAUCAGAGCUGUCAGAGUAGUCAAGGCUUUCCAAGCAGUCAGGGUAGUGAGUGCGUUUGGAGCACUCAUGGUUGUCAGAGCAAUCAGAGUCUUGAGAGCAGUCAGGGUGGCUUUUUUGCUACCGACGAAGUCGACGCGACGUCACGAUCACCCCCUUUCAAUUACCAAGGACGCCCCAUUGUCGUCAUUACAAAGAGGCAAAGAACUAUUCUGAAAUACCAAGGAUUCACGUCGGCACCAUAUUUCAAUGCUAUAUAUUUCCUUAUUCGUUAAUCUAUAGAGAAGUCAAUAAGCGAAUCGGAUCGAGGAUGAAAUAAUACCGAAAGUUUCAUCUUUAAAUUUUUUAAUUCCCGAGUCAUCAAAAGUCGAUGCCAAAACAAGGGGUAGUGAAAGAGGUAGUAAGUAAGAUAAGUCAGAGCUAACGAUUUUCUUUUGGAGCAGCUGUUCGUGACUUUAUUUUCCCUCUCUAAACACAUUUGAUGUCUCCCUUAUUUAAAACUGUUCUUUCUCACAGGCUUACUUGAACCAGAUCAAACAAUUUAAGGCGGCCAAUGUCGGUCUCGGGGGUGUUGGCGUUCAGAGUCAUUUCCAUCGCUACGAAGCCCCUGACCCAACUCUCUUGAAGGUAAAUUAUUCCGGCGUUGUAUUCCUGUUAUGUCUUUGACGUGAUAGACUUCACGGGCAUUACAGGAGGAAUGAGUGGAAAAAGGGGGGGGGGGGAAAUCCUUUGAUAUCCCAUUCUUUUGAAACCUAUUUUGUUUUGUUUCUUAAAAAAUAUUCACUAAGUUUGAAAAACAUUUGGUUGUCCUCAGUGUAGGUAUAUAGCUCCAAUUGUUUAAAAAAAAACUAGUUACUCUAGUAAGAGUUCUUGGAGGGAAAAGUUCACAAAUUAUUACUCGCUGCGACAAUUUUUUGUAAGGCUGCACCAUUUUAAAUAAAGAACAUGGUUAAGCUCAUUAACAAAAAUUCUAGCGUUAGUCAUUCCAAAAUUUGAACGAAUCUUGACCUUGGCAGAGGGACAUCACAUUCAGUUAUUACUCUGCAAACAUAUACAAGUUUCGUUUUCAUUCUUAACGCACAUUGACACAAACUUGGGUUACUUGCAGAAGAAUAUAUAAAGAAACUUUAGCAUUUACUAAAAAAAAAGUAAAGUUAAAUCGCAAGCAUUUAUUUUGAUUUAUCCAAAGCACCGAUUGGACCUUCUGGCACAACCAGGCUUACCUAUAUGGGUAACGGAACUCGAUCUGGCAGCCCCUGAUGAGAACACGCGCGCUGAUUGGUCAGUAAGACUUCUUCUAAAUAAUUUUUCAAUCCUUCGUGGCAUAGGGCUAGAGCCCAAACUUAUAAUGGAGGAUUGACCCUAAGCAAUGGUGGCACGAUUCAUUACUCAAAAUAAUGUGCAUACAGUGCUUUUCCGAUGAAAAAAAUGAUAAUAUAAAUUGUUUAAACUUAUUUGUAGCACGGUUUCCUGGAGUAUUUUCAUCAUUUGUACUGAGCUCUUCUACUAUUGAAUAAAAUGACCUUAUUGUUUUGUUUUUUUUUAUAUUUAUUUUUUUUAUAUUUAUUUUUUAUAUAUUUAUGUAUUUCUUUAUAUUUUGAUAGAUUUAAUUUUGUAAAAUUAUUUUUUUUACUAGAAUUAAUCUGUUGUUAUCAAGAUAAUAAUGGCGUAAAUUUCUACCUGCUAUUGCAAACACUCAACGCAAUUUCGAACUUUCAAAAGAAGUUUCUAUGUAAUGCUAUUUACGUUUCUAGCAACCUUACGUUUGAAUAAAUAUUUAGUUUCUAUAUGUUAUACGCCUACCCUACUCCCUUUCACGCUCCUAAACUACAUUUUGUUAUAUAAACAUAGCCUUAAAUUACCCAAUCUAAAUUAUCACUAAUUAUAUCACUUUUGACACUAAAGAUAAUAGUUGAGGGAAGAUUUCUACGCUAGAGGAAUUCUUUAGAUUUACCCCUUUUCGUGCUCUUCAUUUACAACUUUUUUCUCUAAAAAUUGUUUAAAAAAUUAAUAAGAUGAUAGAAAUAUAUUUUUUUAAAAAGUAGUUUGAUAUAUUGAUUUCUUCAUCAAAAAUUCAAACUCACUUUUGCUCUAAUUAUACAUUAUCAGAAAAUAGUAAAACAAAGAAUUCUUUCUUCUAAAGAAUAUUCUUGCAAAUGUUUUUCACGUUUAUAACAGACUUCAGUGUCUUUUAAAAAAUAUUUAAAUUGUUAAUCUUAUAAAACUACACACCCACUUUACUUGUCGCAAAGUAAAAUUAAAAAUAUUUUUUUCAUUUUUUUUAAAGAAUAUAUUAACCAAUCUCCAUUUUUCAAAAUUAAAUUUUCAACUAUGUGAAAUCAUUGAGUUUUGAGAUUCAUGGGUAUACUUAUACAAAUGCACCCAUGUUUUGUUAACGCCGUUGAUUUUCUUAAUUGGCAAACAUAUGUUUAUCUAUAAAAAGAGAAUGUAACAUCUCUUUUUUCACAAAUGUAAUACCAUAGGAUUUAAAUAUAUGGUCAUCCACGUAAAAAUGGUCACAACCUAAUUUCCUAUCUCCGACAUAUAUGUACUCCAGAAGGUUAAUUAUUUAACGAAUUCAUUUCUUCAUUUUGAAACAAUCUUGUGCUGGCUUGGUCAAAAUGAACAUACCCAUAUUUGUAAAACAAGAAUAUCACGUCUCUUUUUCACACCUGUAAUAGCAUAGGAUUUAAUAUUGUCAUCCACGUAAAAUUGUGCACAUCCUAUUUCCUACCACCGAAAUAUAUGUACCCAAGAAGUUUAAUGAUUUAUCAAAUUCAUUCCUUUAUUUUGAUUGAUUGAUUGAUUUGAUAUUUAUUUCGCGCCGGUAUCCAUGCUAUUUUAGCAUGGCUCACUGCGCUCUGGUCCUCCGAAAUCUAUUUAAACAAAACAUUUUUAAAUUGUUUCUUAAAUGAUUUUUUUUAUCAUUUACCAUUCCCCUCAAAGAUUGAGGCAUACUGUUCCAUAAUUUUGGCGCUAUUGCUUCAAAGAGCGCACUCUGUACGACUUUUUUUAAAGACGUAUCUUGUGCUGCCUGAGGCAAAAUGACUAUCCCAACCCAGAUCUAAAUAAAAUUAAUAAAAUCUUUCACCGGAUUGUUGCCCCUAGUCCCUUCCAUACCUAAACUAUUAUAUGUUGCACUUCAUAUGGUUUGUUCUUAUUUGGAUGAGUUAUAUGUGGAUUAGUGAGUGCUAUUUGGCUAUAGCGUUUCGCUGCACCGUUUGACUUAAACGGCAUUUUCUUAUUAGAACUACAGAUAAAGGCCACGUCUUUAUUGCCUUAUACAUUAAAUAAAAGGUAUAUUUUUUUAAAUGUAAAAGUUAAAAACCUAUUAAAUGUUAGAAAUACAUAGCUAAAAUUUUGUGUGCUUUUUAUUAAAAAUUUAAAGAGCAAUCAAAUGUAUUUAUUAAUUUUAUUUUUAAGAAGGGGGGGAAAUACAUUAUCAGUUUAAAACGCGCGGUUAUUAAAUCAAAGAAACUUAAAAGUUUGGCGAACAUAGGCGAUUCGCGCUAUGACGUCAUUUACGUGUUUAUUCAGAAAAAAAUUAGUUUUAACUUUAUUUUGCAAUAUUAACAACGCACUAAAAACACACUAAUAAACAACCAAUGCUUGUGUUUUCCCGAUCAAUGUUUUUACGAUGUAAUUUUUAGAUCAUAAUUUUUGUAUGAAAUUUUAUUUUUCAUAACUUUUAAAUUUGGAUAAAAUGCACAAAAUAGUUCCUUAGUUGAUACUUUAAAUGUAUUUGUAAUUUAUAAUAAUAAUACUUAAACUUUAUUAAAAUAAAAGCGUAUUUAUUUUAUUUUUUGGCGCAUAUAAAUUUAUUCGAUUUCCGUAAAAUAAUAGAAAAUAACUAUAAUCGUUUUUAAGAUUUUGAACGUAUUGAAAUCUUUGCGGUUCUUUUGCGUUAGUCAGCUUCGCUCAUUCUUAUAUAUAUAUAUUUUUUUUUUUAUUUUUUUUUAUAUCUUUGUUUUUUUUAUAAUCUAUAUUUAUUUUUUAUAUUUAUUUAUUUUUUUAUAAAUUUUUUUAAAAAAAAAAAUAUAUUUAAAUAUAUAUGAUUAUUUUUUUUAACUAUAAUCGUUUUUAAGAUUUUGAACUUAUUGAAAUCUUUGCGGUUCUUUUGCGUUAGUCAGCUUCGCUCAUUCUUAUAUAUAUAUAUUUUUUUUUUAUUUUUUUUUAUAUCUUUGUUUUUUUUAUAAUCUAUAUUUAUUUUUUAUAUUUAUUUAUUUUUUUAUAAAUUUUUUUAAAAAAAAAAAUAUAUUUACAUAUAUAUGAUUAUUUUUUUGGUGGGUGAAGGAUCAAAAUACUAAGUUGCUUUAGAAUGAAUUUAUUUUUUUUUAAUUUAAAAAUUAAACAUUCCUUUGUUGCAAUGAAUUGUUAAGUUGUGUAUAAACAGUAUCCUAUAUCUCGUUUUAAACAUUAUAGACGACGAUUCUAAGCCAUUUUGCAGCGUCAACCCGCACCCCAACCCCCAGCCCCCUAGAUUUUAACAAAUUCCCGCAUUCCAUGUCGAUUUUAAAAUCUCUUUCCCACAACCUCCCCAACCAGUUCUGAAGAUAAAAAAUAAAGUUCUUAUAAUAUGCAAACAAUCCAGACUAGGUCUGUCCUGUGGGAUCCGGAACCGCUGAUUAAGAGCCCAUAUUAUAGAAAAAUAUAGACAAAUAGAGCGUGCUCUGUGAAAACUGCAAUUCUAUAUUUUACCCAUGUAUCCAAGCCCUAGAUACGAAUAACGUAGCUCUUUAAAUAUACCCUUUUUGACAUGUAUCGUCCUUCGCAUGCGAAGAUGACCAAGGUUACGACUUGAGUAGUAGCCAUGACUUGAGCUGUAUUUUGUUAAAAAUGAUGAAGUGUUUCUCGAUUCGUCAGCCUCUCUAUCUCGUCCUUCCCUAUUUAAUCAAAUGGCAUGAAUUUAUCCAGAUGGCUGGAAAAAAUACCAGGUUACAGUAAAUGACCACAUGUGGGUUUUUUUUUUUUGCUUUAUUUUUUGGUGUAUCACAUUGUGUUCUUUAUGCGUUCCACGUUGAAGAAUUUUUCAUUUCGUCAAUGUCGUUGCAUACGGUGUUGUUUUUUCCCUUUCUAUUCCUUCUUUCGUUACAUGGCUUCACUCAGUUUAGACCGCUUGGCAUCCAUAUCAAGGCGAUAUUGAAUAAAACUGCAACCAAUGGAUCUUUUCAUAUCUGUCAUUGUAUUGAUUUUUUCCUCCCCAGGUAUGAGACAGCUCUGAGACUUUACUUCAGUCACCCGGCCGUUGAAGGGAUCAUUUUCUGGGGAUUCUGGGAUCACGACAUGGAUCCCAAGAGGGCCCUUGUUCACGGCUAUACUUUCACGGUGGGCUUAUUCAUAAAUGAUGUCAAAUGUAAAUCUUAAAAUAUUUUUAUAAAAAAAUGUUUGAAAUGCUUCUUUACAUUGAACGCAUCAUACUCUGCUCCAAACACAAAGCUCGAGUCAAGAUUUUGGGAUGUUCGGUACAUCAUACAUUUUCACCAAAAAAAAAAAAUUCACGAUCCAGGGAAAACGUGUUUGUCUCCAUUUAAUUACUUUUUCAGAAUAAAUUAGAUUGGAGACGGUCGGAACCAAUUAAAAAUGUCCCUUUACCUCGCCAGAAUUAGCCACUAAAACAGUCCUUUACUUUUUUAACAAUUUACAUUGGGAGAGUUAAGUUGUUUUUUUUUAAAAAAAGAUUAUUUUAUGGAUCCAAAUAAAUGGAAGUGCUAGAUUGUACACAUUUAUUUUUCCAGCACUUUGAUAAAUACUCUUACCAAGAUUUUAAAAAAAAAAUUAUAUUUCAACAUAAUAUUUAAAUACAGCACAUCUAAAGAAACUCAAACGCACCACUCAGCCGUCAUACGCUAUAAAACUCAGCCGUCAUACGCUAUAAAACUCAGCCGUCAUACGCUAUAAAACUCAGCCGUCAUACGCUAUAAAACUCAGCCGUCAUACGCUAUAAAACUCAGCCGUCAUACGCUAUAAAACUUAAAUCCUUUAGUGACAAUAUUGACUUUCAGAAUGAUUAUUUAGACGUAAUAAGAGCAGGGGGGAGCACGCUGGUAAAUUCUGAUAGGGGAAAUGAUAUUUUACAUAUGAUUCUGUCCUAUAUAUUGUUCGUCCGUCGAGGAUCGACGAGGACCAUCGAGUCGUCUGGUGACUGAUGACUUGCGCGGAUGACUUUGUUUAAAGUGAAGAAGAGUUGCGCGGCGUCUACCUCACUGUCUCGUCCGAGCCCACCAUAUCCAGUGGCAAGACUCUACGUCAAGACGACCAGGGAUGGGUUCGGUUGCAGGAAUUGUCAUUGUUUGCGCCUUACGGGACUCCAACUCCGGGUUUGAAUUCAGAGUUUCCUUCUCUUAGAUGAUUUGCUGACCAAGGUUAACGAGUCUCAUCCACCCGGGGUGAUGUUUUUACUUGACUGGCCUUUGGCUGGACUUGUACACCAGACCACCAACUUGAGGUUUGCUCAGUUUAGACCAUUUGGCCACCCAGUCACCCUGUCCUGUGAUUCUGUCCUAAGUUUGAAGGCAUGACUUCGCCUUGAAGGAGCUCAUCAUAGGAACUGUGAUGAAGUGGGUGGCAUACAUCGUCAGAGUUUUACAAAUUCAUAUUGCUUCAGAGAAUUAUUCUAGGGGGUUGGGGGUAGUUUUGUUUGAGCGAUAUCCAUUGCUUUCUUAGUAGCUUUUUUUAAAAAUUGGUGUAUGAUGAAGGAAGAUGAAUUCCCACACAACAGAUAAUGGUGAGGUCCUUUAGGCUUCCCAUUAUUGCGUUUCGAAUAUUUUAAUAAUUUACUUUAUAUACAUUUAAAAAUAAUUUUAAUACAGAUUGUAAUAGUUAUGAUAAAAUGAUAGAAAUAAUAAUAGAAAAUUAUUUUUUUUCUGAAAAACACUAGCCGCUUUUUGUUAAAAAGGUUUGUUGUAUGAAAAUGCUGUAAAAUUAUCCACAGCUGGACAAGGCCGGUUUGCGUUACCUCCAUCUGAUCAAAGAAGAGUGGAGCACACAUCUGAACAGAUCGCUGUCGUCGGGAACAUCUUUCACCGCCAGGGGUUUCCAGGGAGAUUACAACCUGGUCGUGUAUUACAAGAACAAACCCAUCAAGACACAGACUUUCUCUGUGGGGAAGACGGACGCCACGGUCAAUGUGCAGAUAUCUGGAGACGGAAGUGAGUAACUGAUGGCUUCUACUUUCAACAAUGGCAUUUAUAUAAUUACCAAUUUUAAAUUCAUAUAUUCUCGUAAGGGGAAUUUUUAAAAUAUAAAUUAAGGUUUGGAGGAUCCUGGAGAUUUUAAACAGAUUGAAUAAUGCAUUUAAUUCUCUGUUAGUCAAAAUGUGUAGUUACAAUACAAUACACUAUUUUCAUUUUUGGCUUUUCAUUCUGGUGGCGAUAAAUAAAUCAAGAGGCGUGUUUUGAAAAAAAGAAAAGAAAUAUAUUGUAAUAUAUUUUAUCUUUAUUCCUCUUUCAGAUGAGAUCCAACUCCCGGUCCAGCACAAUCCAUUCGCGAGUGUCGCCGUGACCCACUCCACCACCAGCGCCGGUCUGAGAAACGAAGGGACGGCCACAUCAACGUCCACCUCCCAUCAGCUGUCGUGCGUCACCAGGUGGUCAGGCGUGUCCGAGGUGGGAUACAACAAAAUAACCGAGGUGUCCUGUAACGCGAAUGAGAUUCUGACCGGCUGUACCAGCUACCUUAAGGUGAGGCCUGAAUGGUUGAUACUGACUUACUGAACCAGCUACCUUAAGGUGAGGCCUGAAUGGUUGAUACUGACUUACUGAACCAGCUACCUUAAGGUGAGGCCUGAAUGGUUGAUACUGACUUACUGAACCAGCUACCUUAAGGUGAGGCCUGAAUGGUUGAUACUGACUUACUGAACCAGCUACCUUAAGGUGAGGCCUGAAUGGUUGAUACUGACUUACUGAACCAGCUACCUUAAGGUGAGGCCUGAAUGGUUGAUACUGACUUACUGAACCAGCUACCUUAAGGUGAGGCCUGAAUGGUUGAUACUGACUUACUGUACCAGCUACCUUAAGGUGAGGCCUGAAUGGUUGAUACUGACUUACUGAACCAGCUACCUUAAGCUGAAGCCUGAAUGGUUGAGACUGAAUUACUUUAUCAGCUACCUUAAGCUGAAGCCUGAAUGGUUGAUACUGACUUACUGAACCAGCUACCUUAAGGUGAGGCCUGAAUGGUUGAUACUGACUUACUGAACCAGCUACCUUAAGGUGAGGCCUGAAUGGUUGAUACUGACUUACUGAACCAGCUACCUUAAGCUGAAGCCUGAAUGGUUGAGACUGAAUUACUUUAUCAGCUACCUUAAGGUAAGAAAUAAAUUGUUGAUUCUAACUUACUGUUCUGGCUACCUUAAGGUAAGGACUGAAUGGUUGAUACUAAAUUACUGUUAUGGCUUCUUUAAGGUAAGGGCUGAAUGGUUGAUACCAACUUACUGUACCAGCUACCAAAAUGUAAAUAAUUAGAAGUUUAUACUGACUUACUGUACCAUCUACCUUAAGGUCUAGGACUGAAUGGUUGAAACUGACUUACGGUGUCGGCUACCUUAAGGUAAUGAUGGCUGACUUGAGUUACUUUUCUGGUACCUUAAAGUAAUGAUACAGUGGUCGAUAUUUACUGUCCGAGUUUAAUCAUUUUAAAAUCUUUUAAAUUAAAUUUGUUUUUGUUUCUUAGUUUCUUUUUGGUUGGGUGGAAAAAUCUUCGGGCAGCUGAUUGACCAACUUCCCGUCAACCUAUCGAGCUAAAACUUUGCACAUAAAAAGUUACCGUUGGCCACAUACGCAUUUAAAUUUUCAUCCCCAACCCCCAAAAAUAAGUUUUCCCCGUUUUUCAAGUGAAAAAUGAAAGCGAUAUGAUGACACUGAUUUUAUGAAAUUAAUCUACGGAUAAAUGCGCGAAAUGGCAUUAAUGGUAUUGCAGGUAUGUUGGGUGCGUAAUAUUUUAUUUUUGUUCUGAAAUAGAUGGUGAUAUCAAUCUGCGAUAUAAAAGCAGGUGGGAAAUUUUAAGAUUAAUAUAAAAUAAACUUUAAAAAAAAAUAAUAUAUAAGAAUUGAAAAGAAGAAAGUUUGUUUUGGGGCUGGGUGUAAUUAAAAAUCAUUUUUAUUUUUUAAAUUAUGUUUAUAUUAUUAUUAUUUAUAUUAUUUUGGUUUACCGACAACAAUGUUUAAUAGAUUUAUGACCGUUGAUGUUCCUCAACAUGUUGACAAAAUUUUCAGCAGGUCUUGACCUCAAAUUAAAACUAAAAAAUCUAAGACCCAUUACCAAACUACCACAAUGGUAAAAAAGAACAAGGGACAUUUUUUGGUCAACGUCAUGCAUAGAUUUAGGAGGACAUAAUGAUUUGUUUAAUUGUGCAUGUUAGUUGUAGGGGGGUUCGGCACGGUGAAUCUCAAGUUGUUUAUCUACUUCUUUGCAUUUGUAUAUAUGUUUUUAUAAGUAAAGCGUGUUUUGAAAAAAAAAAACAUUUCUGUAGCGUAGACAAAUCAGUAAUUUCUUAGUCAUUAUUUGGAACCUAACGUGUGUUUUAUCCUAUGAAAUGUUGUCAAAAGUAAACUAGAAACUUUUAGCUAUAUCAUCAUUGUAUGAGAGAAAUACAAGCCUGUUCAAGAUGUGUGUUUUAGGGAUUAAAAAAAAAAUUGCAACCAGUACUCAGCAAUAUCCCAGAUGUAAUCAUUAGUAUGUGCUCAACUUCUAUGACAGAACAACGACUGGCACCGAGAUGGAGAACAGAUUAGGUUCAGCAACGGAGAAGCCACUUGUAGAGCUAUCAACGGCUACGCGACAACACUGGGUAAGGAAGACAACCCAGCCUUUAUGAACUAACAUUAUGAUUAUAAUACAUUUAAAUGAUAGUGUCACAACCAAAUCUUCCGAGAGGAGAUUUAAUUAUCGUCUUUUUAGUCGCACUUUGAACGAAGUGGCUAUUCGUACCCUGGUACCAGAAGUGAGAGUUUGGGAUUAAAAAAAAUAUUUAAAAUUUUAUUGUUGGGUUUGUAAGACACAAUGAGGUAUCAAAUGAAAGAUAAUUGAAUGGACUAUAUGUUUGUAAACAUAAUUCUUCAGUUUAACUAAAAUAAGAUGCCACAAAUGACAUCCGAAUACCAUUCAGUCAAAAUGGACCCAGACACGCAGCGCCACCUUUCGCACCCGGGUACCAUUAGAUUCGAGCUAUUCGGAUGUCAUUUGUGUUUUUUUUUUUUUAAAUUAUACAUUAUCAGAAAAUCGUCAAACAAAGAAUUCGUUUAUCUAAAGAAGGAUCUAGCAACCGUUUUCUCGUCUAUAACACAUUUCUUUGUCUUUUUUUAAAUUGUUAAUCUAAUAAAAUUACAAAUCCACUUUACUUUUUGCAAAGUAUAAACAAAAAUAUUAAUCAUUCUCCAUUUUUCAAAAAUUAAAUUUUCAACUGUGUCAAAUGAUAUGGUUUUGAUAGUCAUUGGUAUACUUAUAUAAACAUGACCCACAUUUUGUUAUGCCGUUGAUUUUCUUAAUUGGUAGACAUAUGUUUAUUGGUAAAAAGAGAAUGUAACCUAUCUUUUUUCACAAAUGUAAUACCGUAGGAUUUAAAUAUAUUGUCAUCCACGUAAAAAUGGUCAAAACCUAUUUCUUACCUCCGAUAUGUAUGUACCCAAGAAGGUUAAUUAUUUCUCAAAUUCAUUAAUAUAUUAAUAGUAGGUAUCUUGUGCUGCCUGGGACAAAAUGACCACCCCCCACGCACAGUAAACAAAAUUAAUAAAAACAGGCCCGUUCUUAAGCAUACGCUGACUACGCAUCCGCGUAGGGCCCCGAACGUGAGGGGGCCCCCAUGAGGCGCCCUCGAUCCCCUGGUUUUUUUUAAAACUGGCACUGCAGCCGUCUGUGUCACUCAAGUAACCUUCCUCAUCCUGAAAUUUAUCAUUCUGAGUUGAAUUCGGAGGCAGGGGAAGGUAAGCAGCAAGGGGGGGGGGAGCUUUGGGGGUGGCAGACAGGAAAUCGAGGGCUUUGUCGUGGGAAUGGGAAAGAGGAAACAUCGAUGAAGGCAGAAUGGAGGUGCCGCAGUGGUGGGUGGUGUGUUCUCCUCAGCUCGAAACUGGCACUGCAGCCGUCUGUGUCACUCAAGUAACCUUCCUCAUCCUGAAAUUUAUCAUUCUGAGUUGAAUUCGGAGGCAGGGGAAGGUAAGCAGCAAGGGGGGGGGGGAGCUUUGGGGGUGGCAGACAGGAAAUCGAGGGCUUUGUCGUGGGAAUGGGAAAGAGGAAACAUCGAUGAAGGCAGAAUGGAGGUGCCGCAGUGGUGGGUGGUGUUUUCUCCUCAGCUCGAGGGAGCUCAACCCCCGGACCACCCCCUUCCGGGGCCCCCAACCUAUGCUCAAUGCUCAGGGCCCCCAAACUCCUAAUAAUGGCUCUGAUAAAAAUCUUUAACCAUAUUUGUAGUCUUUCAAUACCCAAACUGACAUAUGUUGCGCUUCAUAUGAUUUGUUUCUAUUUGCAUGUGUUAUAAGUGGAUUAGUGAAAGUUAUUUGGCUAUGGAGUUUCGCUGCACUGAUUGACUUAAACGUCAUUUUCGUAUUAGAAGUAUAUUUAGAGGCAGGGUUUUUAUUACGUUAUAAAUUUAAUAAAGGUAUAUUUUUUUUUUGAAUUAAAAAAAGUAAAAGCUUAAUAAAUGUAAGAAAUAAAAAGCUAAACUUUUUUUUUUUUGCGUUUUAUUAACAAUUUAAAGAGCAAUCGAUUAUAUUGAUUAAUUUUACUUUUAAGAAAGGGGGAAAUAUAUUAUCAGUCUUGUAACAAGCGGUUAUCAAAUAAAAUAAAAAAAACUUAAGAGUUUAGGCUAACAUAGGCCAUUCAAGCUUUAACUUCAUUUGCGUUUUUAUUUUGGACAAAUUAUUUUUAAUUUUAUUUCGCUAUCUUAGCAACGCACUAUAAAAAAAAAACACUAAAAAACUGAUAUUUGUGUUUUUCCGAUACAUGUGAUUACGGUGUAAUACUUUGAGCAUCAUUUUUUUUUUAAUUUAUAACUUUCAAAUGCAUAUUAAAUGCUUAAGAUAGUUCAUUAGUUGUUACUUUUAAUGUAUUUGUAAUUAAUAAUAAUAAUACUUAAAAUUUAACUAAAAUUAAAGGGGAUAAAUACUAUUUUUUGCUAAUUUAAAUUUAUUUGAUUUCCGUUAAAUAAUAGAACAUAACUAUAAUCUUUUUUUAUGAAUCCGAACGUAUUUAAAUCUUUUCGGUUCUUUGGCGUUACGGCCAGCUUAGCUCAUUCUUAUAUAUAUUAUGUCUGUAUUUUAUAAAUGCUUUCCACUUAAACUAACACGCAUCAUCGUAGCGUUAUGCUUUGUUACACUUGAGCGUCCAUUAACGCUAUGCUUUUUUACACUUGAGCGUCCAUUAACGCUAUGCUUUUUUACACUUGAGCAUCCAUUAACGCUAUGCUUUUUUACACUUGAGCGUCCAUUAACGCUAUGCUUUUUUACACUUGAGCAUCCAUUAACGCUAUGCUUUUUUACACUUGAGCGUCCAUUAACGCAAUGCUUUUUUACACUUGAGAGUCCAUUAACGCUAUGCUUUGUUACACUUGAGCGUCCAAAAAUGUUAUGCUUUGUUACACAUGAGUGCCCAUUAAACGCUAUGCUUUAUUACACUUUAGUGCCAAUAAAACGCUAUGCUUUAUUACACUUUAGUGCCAAUAAAACGCUAUGCUUUGUUACAAUUGAGUGCCAAUUAAACGCUAUGCUUUGUUACAAUUAAGUGCCAAUUAAACGCUAUGCUUUGUUACACUUUAGUGACCAUUAAACGCUAUGCUUUGUUACACUUUAGUGACCAUUAAACGCUAUGCUGUGCCGUGAGAAAGCCGCUCCUAGGUGACUGUUUCGUUCCAGCUUUCGUCUCGACCAAAAGACUCCCUGGGUGGUGGGGGGUGGUAACGCAACAUCUUCCCCCGAAGUGUACGCAAACCCGCCCAGACCCACGGGAGAGUGGACGGCGAACGCUUUAAACGCAGCGUUUUCGGUCGACUGGACGUUCCCCAGGCUGGGGGGCGGGGGUUCCCGGCGUGUUUCUGCACGGUCUGACGGUGAGGAGACCCGGCGUCCAGCUCGUGUGGUGGUGUCCCGGGGUGGGUAUUAAGAGCUUGCGCUCGACGACCCACCGAGGACAUUUCCCUAUGUGACGUAAAAGUGAAGAUUAACCGUGUUUAUCGCUCCUCCAGGUAUCCAGGCCAGCGCCAGGUGUUGCAGUCUAAGUGGCCUUACGUGUACAUACAAGACGGCCGGACCAUCAGGGAGUGGGGUAGAUGACCAGGUCGUUAUCCCGUGUGGUGCUGAUGGUUACCCUCUAGGUCAGUGGAUCCCACGCUUUUCAUAAUCUCGGUGUCGUUUGUGAAUCCAGAGUUCUCCAAAAACUUGACCAAUAAUAAAUUCUAUUUUUAAAAAUUUGCCGAAUAGAGCAUAAUUUUUGUUUCUUUCCGAUCGCGUAAUUUUUUUUCUUUAGCAGUUUUUUAAAUGCGUUAAUUUCCUGUGUGUAAUUGAUGCGUUUGCUUCCAUUGCUUACCUAGGAUGUGCCACAUUAAGCUACUUGUCAGACUCAGAUGGUACUCUCAUGACAAACACAUCCUGCAUUGGUCAAAAUGACGGUGUGGCUGCUGGUAAGAUGUCUGAUAGUUUCAUUAUCUUUUAAUGUUGAAAACUUGGACCCGGAAAGCAAUUUUUUCUUUCGUGUAAAGCUAACAAAUAUCAAAGAGUAAGCGUAAAUUGUUAACCCCAAGUGAAGCGCGGCCGUUAAAAACUUUAUUUCGAAGCCUUCCUGUCUUUUGCAAUCUUCUUUAACUCUUUCGUCGCUUUUCUAUCAAUAUACCAUCUUUUUCGACCACCUUUCGCUGGCUGUUUUGGUUUUUUCCCGGUUCUUAAACCUCGAGGGUACCAUACCAGUGCUCUUCCGUGGUUAUUUUUGGCAUCUUUUUUUCUUUAAACGUAUGUCUAUAUCCGAUACUAUUAAUCUCAGCAAGGGUGGGAGGGGGCUAUCUAAAUAAUGUAAGAAUCGCAGCCAUGCCAGAUUUCUACAACUAUUAUCUGAUGUAAUCCAGAAACGGCAGGAAAUUAUAUUUAGGUCAGACUUACAGACGCCUGUACAUAUAACGUACAUUGUCUUCAAACCAUCCUUUUAAAAAAAGGUUAUAUGCGAGACACCGUGGAAAAAGUAUUCAAUGUUAUAAAGCAUUCAAAAAUAUAAAGCAUUCAAAUUAAUAAAACUUUUAGUGUUAUAAUGCAUUACAUGUUAUAAAGUAUUCAGUGUCAUAAAGCAUUCAAUGUUAUAAAGCAUUCAAAUUUUAUGACGCACUUAAUGUUUUAAAGCCUUCAAUGUUAUAAAGCCUUCAAUGUUGUACUCAGUAUUCAAUUUUAUAAGGCAUUCAAUGUUAUAAAGCAUUCAGUGUUCUAAAGCGAUAAUUGCUCUAAAGCAUGCAUUCUCUGUUCCAACAUGCACAAUGUACACUUAGUCGUGUGUCGUUAAUGUUCCAUUUCCAGGUGUGGUCUCAUACGCCGCCUGCUGUAAAGGUGGAAACAUCAAAUGCACCAGCGCCCACUCAGCACCCGGUGGUCAUCAGGUGGGCGCCAGAUCCACUGUCCAGUGUCCGGCUGGUCAGGUCAUGACGGGAUGCAAUGUGUACACACCCAACGCUAAAGCUGCCGGGGCCUUCAUUGAGAGUAAGCCUAUCUAACUUCUGCAGUGCUGUGUUAAAUUGUUUGGUCUGAAUGUCAUGGAUAGGGUUGUGUAAAUUAAGUGUUUUACUGAAUGUGUUUAAUCCUCACUAACAACAGGUAAAACGGACAACAGGUUACGCUAUCAGCAUAACAGUUACGAACAAUGAUAAUAGUUGAGGAUUUAUGCUAUCGGCUCACACACUUACGACCUAAGGGUUUAUUCUUUCUGAUGAUAUUUAAUUCUUUAACUUCGGAACAGUGGCGUUGCUAGGAUUAUUGUCGCCAGUUGCCAGGGGUGGGACGGGAUUUUUGUCGCCCACUUUCACGAGCAAAAAAAACAACAACAAAAAACUCUGCAGUUGUCCCGAAAUGGCGCCUAUCCAAAUAAAGAAAAAGAGGCCCUCCCGGGUUGGACCUCUACCUAGCUUCAUACGCCUCUGCCUCGAAAGCCCUGUAUACCGAUAAUUUUUACAGCUUGUAAUAUGAACACUUCAUCGUGUAAUCGUUCUCUUUUCAUACCAAUUCUGUCAAGUAACGUUGAUUGGCGCCGUAUAUCAGCUCACACUAAUAAUGUUCAACUCCAACUCUGACUAAGAGAAUCAUUAUCAAGGCUGCUAUAUAAAAUAGUUUUUCUCUGUUUUUUUUUAAAUUUUUUUUUUAUUAGGAUUCUUAGGAGUUGGUGGUUUGGGGGGGGGGGGGUUAAUUAGUUUAAAAAUCAUUUUGAGAUUUUCGGAAAAACGAGGUUUUUUUAUACAUAACAUUUUUUUUAUUGGGUUUUUUAGGAGUUGGUGGUUUGGGGGGGGGGGGUGAUUAAUUAGUUAAAAACUCAUUUUAGGAUUUUCGGAAAAACGAGUUUUUUUUAUACAUAACGAUUGUCUUAACGCAAUGAUCAUCUCUCUAUGCCUAGCAACCAACGGAGUUGACCACUGCGUUGCCGUCAAUGGCUACGAGAGGUUUGGAAAUGAGGAAGGUGUUGUAGCGUACGCAACUUGCUGCCACGUAUAACAGCUUGAGAGCUUUAUGGAUAUUGAGACGACACGACGAGCCAUCUUCUAAAAAACAUAGAAGCGCGUCACUACGAAAUCUCACACACAUUCUAAGGGGGAAAAACCCACAAAAGAUCUGUUGGACAUUUAGAAGAAAUGAUGACCUGAAAUUUUCAUAUACAAAAUGGGAUUGAUUAAAAAUUAUCGAUUUCAA